UAGUAUUUACAUUUGUUUCAGGUGGAAUCUUCACAGUCUAUGAUUCGUCUUAUUGGUUUAUCGGCUACGGUUCCUAAUUAUUUAGAUGUUGCACAUUUUUUGUGUGUGAAUCCAUACAAAGGACUUUUCUAUUUUGAUGGACGAUUUAGGCCGGUUCCAUUAGGACAAACCUUUAUCGGCGUGAAAACGACCAAUUCCAUCCAACAAAUAGCUGAUAUGGAUGAAUUAUGUUAUAAAAAAAUUAUCGAAACAGUUAGUCAAGGGCAUCAGGUUAUGGUUUUUGUUCAUGCCAGGAAUGCUACUGUUCGGACAGCAAUGGUUCUUAAAGAUAUAGCUCAACAGAAAAAUCAGUUAUAUUUAUUUCAAGCUGAACAAAAUGUGCAAUAUUUUGCUGCAGACAAGCAG